CCAACAGCUUGAAAUUUCGUCCAUCAUUUGUAUGUUCUUUUUUAUUAGGGUCUAUUGAUAAUGUGAAAGGUCGGGACUCUCUUUCCCUCUCCUCCCACUACGCUCCUCAUCAGUUGAUCCAUGGCUUCCGUCAGAUCUCAAUAAAUUUAUCCUGGGUUCUGGGGGGCAGCGACCUUAUACACGGGCCAUUAGACCACCCCCACCCCACCUUUCUAUCGCCAGCUCAGCCGCCUAGUACCCAAGAGCGACCUGCGCGCCACCAGCGGCGGGCGGAGGAAAACGGCCCGGCCGCAGGCGGUGAUGGGGCCGGGUGCCUGAGGAAGAAAUUUCCGCGGAGGCCCGGAGUACUUCGGCGAGCGGCGGCGGGCGGGGGCCGUGAGUGCGGAGUCGCUGACGGUCGUUAGAACUUCGGCCUCCUCCGCCGCCUCCGCCUCCGCCUCCUCUUCCUCCUCCUCCACAGAGGGAAGGCGACGAGCCCCCUCCCCUCUACUGGGCUCCGGGCCGCCUUCGGGCUCCGUCCCACCCGGGUCAGCGUUCUAGCGUCUCCAUGGCGACCGGACGGGGCUGGAUCCUCCGGCAGCACUGCAAGGGGCUGGUGCGGACAGCCGAGGAGAUCCCGUGGCAGCUGCGCCUCCCGCCAGUCGACGCUGCCUGGGCCUCCCCUCCCGCGCCCCUCGACAGGGCCCCGGGGCCCUAUUUCUUCCGGAGGCCCAGCAUUUUCAAAUCACUUGAACUCUUGGAGAAAUCUGGAGGAAAUUUGAAGAAAUAUCAUACUUUUUAUUUAAUGGAAAGCUGCAGUAAGCCCCAAGAAAUUUCACCAUCUCCACAUGACUGGACUUGGAGGAAGAGAGAGAGAGACACCCUGGCUACCAGAAAUCUUAAGGGAUCAGAUGUCAUGCUUAAUCCUAAGCCUUCAGAGCAGUCUACCAUGUGUGAAAGACAUUGUGCAAAGUCAUCCUCAAAACUUUCUAUGCACAUAGAAGGUAUGCCCUCUGAGAUCCUACUGAAGAUAUUUUCUUACUUGGAUGCUGUUACCCUUUUGUGCAUUGGCUGUGUGAACAAGCGCUUCUAUUCUUUGGCCAAUGACAAUUUUAUUUGGUACAGAAUCUACUCCGCCUCUUUUUCACCUAAGAGAUCAAACUGGGAAAUGAAUGCAGUAGAGAAGACAGCUGUAUCUUUGAGUCAUACAUCACUUCAUGACAAAGAAACUGGAUACUGGAAGAAAAAAUAUAUUGUGAAACAAAUAGCAGCCGGGAAAACAGCUGUAACUCAGCUUCUCAAGCCUGUAAAUCCAUAUACAGGUCUGCCAGUGAAGACCAAAGAAGCUCUGAGAGUAUCUGGAUUGAGUUGGGUGAUUGUAUUGAAGGAGAAAAAUGGGAAAGAGUACAUCAUGGAGCAGGCUGAGUUUUCUGUGAAUGACACAUCUGUUACAGUUGUGUGGCAUGGGAAUAAUUGGCCACGUAUAGACAAGCUGGCAACACUAGACUUAUGUGGUGUAACACCAGUUUUUUUGGACCGCUAUAAGGUCCCCACCAAAAAUGGACCUCGAAGGCGUUCCUUAGUUGCUGAGUACAAUCUGACUAACCUAACUAAAUCCACUUCGAUUGGCUCUGACAGACUUAUUCGGACGUUCUGCCUAAACCCAGGGCUUCUAGUUGGUCUAUGGAAGAAAGAGAAGGAAAUGGCUUUUGUUAUGGCGAAUCUUCAUUUUCAUCUACUGGUGGAGAGAAGCACUUUAGGCUCAGCCACUGUCCCUUAUAUGCUGCCGCCUCACAUUCCUUUUCUGGAUGACAUUGACCAACAAUAUGGACUACAUGGUUAUCAGCUCCAUGUUGACAUGCACAGUGGUGGAAGUUCCUACCUUUGUGGUACCUUUCGUAAUCUCUUCAGCAGGAAAGAUUUCAUUAAAAAUGGAUAUAUGAAGCUCAUCGUUAUAAGUUUUAAAAACAAUGCACAGCAUUUACCUCUAAUUGGAAAAGUUGGCCUCUGUUGGAAAACAGAUGUUUUUGCUGGUUGUAUACAGAACUGUUAUAUGAUGGAUGUAACCCUUUUGGAUGAAACAGAGAAACCAUUUUGGUGUUUCAGUUCCCCAGUUUGCAUGAGACCUGCUACCAGACCUUCUGACUUUUUUAAUUACAGAGGACAUCACUUUUAUGUAACCUACAUAGACUCAGUAGGAAAAGUGAAUUUGGAGCUGGUCUGGAUGGAAGAGACAGAAGAAUACUAUGUUGUUAGCCUGGCUCUUUACCUAAGAAUAGAAAAAGUAAACAGUUGGUUUGGAACAAACUACUGACCAUCAGCCUGGCAGAAAAUUAUUUUGUUUCUUAUUAGUUUUUUUGUUGUUGUUGGUAUUGUAAGUUAAAAUAAAACUUGUACUAUGAUUGCAACAGCA